CUUACAGUAAGUAUAAUGGUGCUUUUGUUUUGGAGGUUUUACUCCUUUCGUGCUUUUAUUUUGUGUAUUCGAACACGGAAAUGUCGUCAGGUCCCGGGGGCGUGGUCUUCUGGAACGCUCGCGUUGCUAUUGGCUGAGCGCGAAAAUUCAAAACGUCGUCGGACAGAAACAAACAGGAUGAAACGGACCCGAUCAGACAAUCGAUAGGACAGACUGAUCGACCACAACGCGAGAUGGAUGUCUCCGCUUAUUUACAGAGCUUUGAGAGCAGCCUGAGCUCAUACACAGGAGACGACCCGCUGGAUCCAUGGGACAAGUUCGUGGAUUACCUGGAGCAGUCUCUGCCUGCAGACGCUCGCAGUGGGAUGUCCCUGGUGUUCGACAGACUCGUGAAGAUGUUUCUGAGUGUCGAGCGAUACGCAAAUGACCUCAGAUAUGUGAACCACUGCAUCAAAUGUGCGAGUUUUUACCCCGACCCCACGGCGCUCUACAGUUACGUCUUCAGUAAGGGCGUCGGCACCAGGACGGCCGCGCUCUACGUGGCCUGGGCACAGAAGUUUGAGCAGAGGGGAAUGAAUGAACAGGCUGAUGCUGUUUACCAGAAAGCGAUGGAGAACCAAGCCCAGCCGGCCGACACUGUUCUCCAUGAAUACAGGCAGUUUGAAACAAGAACCAGAAUCCAGGCCCCCGUAGCAGCAGGAGUUCUGAACCCUUUGCAAAACUCCAGUUUAACCAACCAGAUGCCGACACACAGUGAGCCCGUGGCUCCAAACAAGGCCUGUGUGGACUGUGUACAGAAACCAGCAGCUCGUAGAACCGUCGUUACAGUCUCUCGCUCAGAGACGUCGGGGAUGCUCCCCUCCAGUCAGGGCCCCAGCGUUCCCACCGUGUCCGCCUACAAUACGGACGAGCUGGUUUGCGAGGAGUCUGAAUUCUGCUUCGAGGAGGUCAGAGCGGCAAAAUACUUCCGUAAGCUCCGGGAGGAGCAGGAGAAGGAGCAGAGAGAAAUCAAGGAGAAGAUGCUGAGGGAGCAGGAGGAGGACAUCCUGAGGUUUAAACGUAUGCUGGAGUCUGUGAACCGGGAUCUGCAGGUCUGUGGAGGUCUAAGCAGCCAGCCUUCAUCACAGAGGCUGCCUGUCGCAGAAACAGCCACCAGCCUGAACCCCAACCCUACCCAGCAGUCCUUUGGGCGCCCUCGACCCUCCAACCGUCCGAGCAACAGACGCUCUCUCGGGUUGAGGUUGCACACCGAGCCGACCUUCAUCCACGAGGCUGCUGCCGCCCCCGAACCCCUUCAGUGGCAGAGCGAGACCCAGAGCUCAGAGGGAACCCCUAGUCCCUCGGUCCUGGCUGACAGGAGCGUCCACUGCCCAGCACCAGCACCCACAUCAGCGCCUGUCGCCCAGACCCUGACGGUUCAGCCUCGGUCGGUUCAGCAGGCUGUGAGCUUCGAGCAGAUGAACGUGUCGCUCCACAGACCCGCCUGCGUCCCCGCCGCUGACGCUGAUGUUCUCUGUUGGGACGGUCGAGUUCAACCCAGCAGCUCGGAGAACUGUCGACCCUCGGAGCACAACGCCUCCACACAUCAGGAUGUCUGCUACCCGCCAGAGCCCGAGGAGAAGCUCAACAUGUCACAGGGCGGCACAGGUAACCUGUCUCACAUCACUCCUAACACCUCACUGGGCUAUGUUCAGGCCACACCAUCCAGGGUGCUGCCGUCACCCACUGUCAACACACGAGAAGCACUGGAUGUGAUAAUGGACAUGUUCCAAGCGCCGACCCUCCUCGAGGACCCGUUCAACAACACGUCGGUGCUCCAUGCUGCAGAGAGGGAGGUUGACCCCGGCUGCCCGAGAAACGGCGGCGCCUCCUCUUUCACCCAGCCCCCGCCCACAGCGCCGUUCUCCGUCUUCCAGGAUGACACCGACAAAGAAAAUGGGAGUGUUGCUGCUCCCGCGGUCGAGAAGUCCAAACCGAUCAGAGCUCUGGCUGAGAUCCCAGUGUCCAACAAACCCAACGACACUCCUCAGGAUCUGAUGCCGGACGAGAGCACCAUGUGGGGAGCUCGCUACAACAGCCUCAACUCGCUGGCUGCUUGUCCCAACAGCACCACCGACUUCGCCAUGUUGGCUCAGUUCGUCUCCACACCGUUCACACACAAAACCCCCUCCAACAGCAACUUCUUCCAGGACCAAGAGAACAACUGUGACACUGGAGAUGAAGCUUUCAUCAGACGACAGCCGAAAAAGCUCAGUCCCAUCAUGGAGCAGAGUCCGUCCAACGACAAGCUCUCUGAGACGGCCGUCAGUCAGCUGGUCCCCUCCUCCGAGAGACACGGCACCAUCGUCAGCGAGGGGCUCGGCACGGCCCAGCUCGGCCUCACCUCCUCCUCCAUCACCAUGGUGCAGCCCCCCCCUCCGGCGGUGCUCUCCUUCAGAGACCAGACCAUCUGUCCCGCUGACUCCUCCGUCUCCAGGACCGCAGGGCCCGGCUGGGAAGUGUACGCGAGCCCCGAGCAGCCGCCCGCACAGGUCUCUCUGAUCUCGCAGCAGCCCCAGAGUUCAGCCAGACCCAGAAACGAACCUUUUUCCAUCAUGGAGGAUUUGGACAAACCCGCCAGCCCACAAGGAGCCCAGAAAGUGUUUGAUGUUCCCAUGAGCCCUGAGGGUGCUAUCAAACCCGAGUGGCUGGCCAUCAGAAGCCCCGAGCUCACAGUUGAACCGGACCUGGAUGCCUUCCUGAGUCCCCGUCGGCUCAAGAAAGCCGACUUGAACAAGAGCCGGGACGUCCCCAUGAGUCCCGGACAGCUGCAGCUCUGUGCCGACGUCCCCAUGAGCCCGGCGCCGCAGUUCGGCGCCGCCGACGAACCCAUGAUGAGUCCAGACAGAGGGCCGAGGCUGAGCACCGACGUGUCCAUGAGCACGACGCCGGCCAGGACCGCCACGUCCCCGCUGGUCUCGGACCCCUGGGACGACGCACUGAUGUCUGACCUGCUGUCCAGACUCACCCCGCCUCUCACCUCUCACCCCCGCUGCACCACCUGGAGGUGCAACGUGCCCAACAUCGCCCCAAAGACCACCCUCAGCAUGGGAAACGCGUCCCUGCGAGUCGACUGUGUCCUCGGAGAAGGUGCGUUUGCUAAAGUCUACCAGGCUACUGACCCUGUGACCUCAGAGAGGAUGGUGUUAAAGGUUCAGAAGCCAGCCUAUCCCUGGGAGUUCUACAUCAACACUCAGCUGGACGCCCGGCUGCGGCCCGACGUCCGUCACCUGUACAGCCGCAUCCACUCGGCUCACCUCUUCCACAACGGAAGCGUGCUGCUCGCCGAGUUACACAACUACGGCACCCUGCUGAACGCAGUGAACAUCUAUAAAACCCUGAGCGACAAGGUGAUGCCUCAGCCUCUCGUCAUGUACUUCACCGUCUGCAUGCUGAACAUGGUGGAGCAGCUGCACCGCAUCCACGUCGUCCACGCCGACAUCAAACCCGACAACUUCCUGCUGGGGGAGAGGUUCUUGGAGAACCGGUGUUUCGACCCGGAGAACGUGGACCACGGCCUCGUCCUCAUAGACCUCGGACAGAGCAUCGACAUGGAGCUUUACCCAGAAGGCACUGCUUUCACUGGCAAGUGUCUGACGUCGGGCUUCCAGUGUACGGAGAUGCUCAGCGGGAAACCCUGGAACUAUCAGACGGAUUACUUCGGGAUAGCAGGGACCGUCUACUGCAUGUUGUUUGGGACGUACAUGCAAGUCACAAACGAAGGUGGCGUGUGGAAGACGAACGGCGUGUUUAGAAGGAACCCCCACAGCGACCUGUGGCUGGAGUUCUUCCACACUCUGCUCAACGUGCCCGACUGCGUCUCCCUGCCGAGCCUCCAGAGCCUCCGCAGCAAACUGACCUCCGUCCUGCAGCAGAGCUACAGCAGCAAACUGCCCACGCUCAAGAACCGGCUGGUGGUUCUGCUGCUGGAGAACCGCAAGCAGGCCCGCAGCUACCACUGAGCACACUGAACUCCUCUUUCUCUUAUUCUUCUUAUUUUCUUUUUUUAUGUACACACUUACAACGUCACACUGUUUGAAUACAGGUUGCACUUUCAAAGCAAACACAACUGGCAUUGGAAACGUGGAUGAUACAAAUUAACCUAGAUCAUUUAAAGUUGUAACAUUUCCACAUUAAAAUGUGUAAAAACAC